AUGUCUGGGAACUCCUCCGCGCGCAACCGGACCGCGUCUGCGUUCGUCUCCAAACUGACGCCCGCCGCGGACAUAUGUGUGGGACUCGCCAUCCUCUGCGUCGUAAAACCCAAGGCGGCUCUUCUUCCCUCCCCCUCCUCCGCAGUUCUCCUCUCGGUCCUCGGCAACGGGCUGGUCCUGGUCGUCUGUUACCGCCGGAGGAAGACGAUGGUGGCCUCGGAGCUGCUGUGCGUCAACCUGGCCGUGAUCGACUUCCUCUGCUGCAUCUGCUUCUACCCGCUCUCCAUCCUGUCCUCCUUCCGCCACGGCUGGCUGGGGGAGCACGCCACGUGCGUCUACUACGGCCUGGGCUGCUUCGUCUUCGGCCUGUGCGGCAUGUUCACCAUCACGGCCAUCAGCGUCACCCGCUACCUGAAGACCUGCUCCGGCGCGGCCUACGCCUUGCGGCUGGAGGGAGCCACCAUCCGCGCGGCGUGCUGCGCCAUCUGGCUGGUGGCCACCGCCUGGUCCUGCCUGCCCCUGUUCGGCUGGGGCGCGUACGCCCCCGAGCCGUACGGGCUGUCCUGCACCGUCGCCUGGCGGGGCUAUCACACCUCGGCCAAGGACGCCUUCUACGUCAUCUGCUCGUUCGCCUGCUUCACGCUGGUGCCCGUCCUCCUCAUCGCGGUGUCCCAGUGGCGGAUCCUCUGCAAGGUGUCCCGCUUCUCCAACUCGCUGUCGGCGAGGGGCCUCCGCAGCAACCUGCGGCACACGGAAAAGCGUCUCUCCGUGAUGUUUUUCUGCAUCAGCCUGGGUUUCGUGAUCGCCUGGGCCCCGUACGCCGUUGUGUCCUUCCUCCUCAUCUUCGACGAGGAUCCGUGGUACAUGGCUCCCGAGGGCUUCGUUUUCCCGGCCCUCUUCGCCAAAAGCUCUCACGUCUACAACCCCUUCAUCUACUUCUACUUCAACAAGUCUUUCCAGCGGGAGCUGCGCUGCCUGCUCCUCUCCGUCUGGCCCAGUCUGGGCGGGAACCGAGUUGGCGCCCGCAGCAGCGCCGCGGAGCCCCAGGCCCAGUUGCCCAUCCACAUUCAGCUCCAGGAGCAAGGCUGCCGCCGGAAGAAGGCCGCCGGCCCGCCUCACGACAGGACUCACACCAAGACCAAGAGCAAGGGCGAAGGGACGCGCGCCGGUGGCAACCGCGGCGCCCCCGUCCGGCCGGUGUACCACUGCUGGGGCUCCACAUCGAAGAACCCCCACAUGAGCUCGGGCGAUAAACCCGCCAAAGACGGCGCCCCGGUCUCUAUAUGAAAUGUCUACUUUAUUCCCGAUGCAGGGACGGGGGCCGCGGUGUCAUCGAGGGGUUCAGAAAAAAAACAAUCAGACUCCGCGUGGCUGUAAAAUAAUCUGGAUUGGAGCAUCCCGGGGAGACGGCCUGCAGCCUGUGAGACUCCUCGGAUCGAUCACUGCCGAAGGGAAGCGUGUCGUCGCUCGCCACAAAAGAAAAAUGAUUCACCGAGAAAAAUGAUUCAUUUGAUCGUGAGCAGACGUGAGUUGCAUCCCGGCGUCGACGUCCGAGCCAUAAUGACGGCAGGGGGAAACCCUCUGAGCUUUCAAUAUUUUCUCUCCGAGAAAAGGUCUGAAAACCAAACAGAGAUACGGACCAAAGUACGGUUGUUUUUGUUGUUGUGGUGUUAUAUCGUCAACACACAGUAUUGUAUUCGCUCUCUUGCCGUGGCCAGAGGA